AUGGUGGCGACAAGGAGAGGAGUACGCGUGUACUCCCCAACUAAAACAAUUCCCGACCAGCCCUCUGAGGUCCAGGCUACUCCAUCCACUGCACGAAGAACCAGGAGGGCUGCUAAACAAGAAGAGACCCCUUCCCAGCAUGACCUGGAGGAGACCAGCAGUCAGCCCGCAUCGCCACCGACCUCUUUAUUGAAAAGAUGCACCAGAGCCUCCAGACUUCACAGUCCAGAGCAGCCUUGCACUCCUGUGGGCUCUGUCCAUGAAGCAGAAACAUCAGAUGUGGAGUCGUGCUGCUCCGCAAUGUCUGACACCGAGCCACGUAUGACACGCACCAGGGUAAGACAGGCGUGCAAAGAACGUCAGGAAGAUGAGGAGAUAUCUGAGGUGGACUCAUGUUGUUCUGCAGUAUCUGUUUCAAAAGCUGGCCAAAGCAGCCGCCGUAGUACAAGGAGGAAGCCAAUUCCUGAAAGAUCUGACCCAGCUCACGUUGAAGCAGGAGAUGUCAAGGUGGAGCCGGUGCUCGAUACAGAGUCCUGCAGCUCUGAAUCCCAGAGAGUCACCAGAAGUCAGCGAAAAACUACUCGUACCAGAUCAGCUGCCAAACAACAAACUGAGGACUCUGAAGUCUCAGACGUUGAUAGCUGCACAUCCAGGGCUUCUCGGUCCACAACCCGCAGAUCGACAAGAUCCAGAAGGCAAACGUGUCCUAUUCCCAUUGACCUAGAUGAGGCCUCGGAAGGCUCUGGCUCUCCUGCCCAAACAGGCCGAAGGAGCAGGGCAACAAGAGGGAAGACUACUGUAGAUGUCAAUGAGGCUCCGUCUUGUGACUCCGAAGGGUUUGAGUCCGGGCCCACUUACAGUAUGACCACUCGUAGACGAGGGAAGAACCGAUCCACAGAUCCUAAGGUUCUGGAGUCAGAGUCUGACCUGACGGACGUGCAGUCCCCAGUUGGCAGCCCCAGGUCCUCACGUGGCAAAGGGACACCAUGCAGCAGCCGCACAGGCUCAGGGAAUAGCAGUCGAGGUGUGUCUGUCACCAGGUCCUCAAUCAAGAAUUGUAGUAUAGUAGUGACAUCCUGGGAGCCAGCUAAGGAAGAUAGUUUAUUACAAGAUUCUAGAUUAGAAAGUACUCUGAUCGCUGAGGAUGCAGAUUGCACACUGUUGGAGGAAGAUAAGAGCCACAUAUUAGAAGAAAAAGAGAAAGAGGAUGUGAAUAGUUCUGAUCUGGCAUCAAAUGAGGCUUUAGCAGCAGAUUCUGGAGUGACAGAAGAUGUACAGGGAGGGAGUGCUCUGCAGAAGGCUACAGAAGGUGCGGAAAGCAGAGUAAAUGUAAUUUCAGAAGACGAUUCCCAUGUAUCUCCCUCAGUAUCAGAAGGUCUUGCAGCUGAAGUUGUUUGUGAGACAGCAGUGAUGGCCAGAGACCAGCAGGUGGAGCCACCUGCUGAAAAUAAGGAUGGGGACACCUCAGAAGUGGAAAUGAUGCAGGAAACAGUUCUGCCAUCAGAGCUGUUAAAGCCAUCAGAAACAGUAACAAUAUGUGAGACUGUUUCUGAAAAUAUAGAAGAGACCAAAGACAAGGAGGAAGCCAUGGAAGUGGCUAAUGAAGACAACCAUCCAUCACAGGGAGUGGAGCAUGUAUAUGGGGAUACUGUUAUGGAAACACAGUCCAGUAAGGAGGAGAAAAUGGAAGUCAGUACAUUGAACACAGAUGCUCAGCAGGUGGUUGACUCCAGUGAGGCCCAAGUUGAAUCAAUUGAGGUGACGUCCAGCCGGGACCACAAGAUCACAGUGGAUUCUUCCUCUGAGCAGCAAUCUAAAGAUGUCAUUGUGCAGAAUACAAAAGUAAUUAGCCUGCUCGUGAGCAGCGAGGAUGAAGAUGACUAUGAGGAAGAGGAGGAGAGGGAAGUUUCUGGUGAAGAGGAGGAAGAGAAGGAUUUGGCAGAGGAGAGAGGAAGAACUUCCAAGAAGUCUGAAGCAGCAGCUGAAUCAGUGGCGGGACUGUUUAUGAUUGACACACGGCCAGGACAAGCGGCUGAUGAGAAUUACUACAAGGAUAGGCUGAGAGAGGAGGAGGAGGAGGCGGGCAGAAGUAAAGAGGGAGCUGAGCAGGAGGAGCAAGACGAGGAGUUUGUGGAUGAGGAGGAGGACGAUGAUGACGACGAAGAUGCAGAAAUCCUCUUCUCAAGUAGAGAUCCUCAGUCGAAAGAGUUGUCCAGCCGUAUUGACCCCGGCAUCAGAGUGAAGGAGCUUGGGGGUUUAUACAUCAAUUUUGAUGGCAGCAAAUCAAAACCUGUCUCCAGUUCGCUGCAAAAACUAAAGGAAAAGAGGAUCCAAGAUGAGGUGAUGAAGAAGAGCGUGAUUGGUCCAGAUUUUGAAAAGAAGGAUGCGGUGCCUCCAUACAGUGAAUCCAAACAAGCUUUGAAACUUAAACACAGAGACGAGCGUGCGAAAACGACAGGAGACGGUUGGUUUAACAUGAAAGCCCCUGAGAUCACUGGUGAGCUGAAAGGAGACCUCCAAGUCCUGAAGAUGAGAGGCUCCUUGGAUUCCAAGAGGUUCUACAAGAAGAAUGACAGAGAUGGCUUUCCCAAGUAUUUUCAGGUUGGUACAGUGGUGGACAGCCCAGUCGACUUCUAUCAUUCCCGUGUUCCCAAGAAAGAGAGGAAGAGAACCAUGGUGGAGGAGCUACUAGCUGAUGCCGAGUUCAGGCAGCAGAACAAGAAGAAGUUUCAGCACAUUGUGGCUGAGAAAGCAGCACAGGGAGCUGGCAAGAGGAACAAGAAGAAGAAUAAAUUCCACAAAAAGUGAAUAUGAUGACUUUCAGAGGCUUUUCAAAUAUAUUAUCUUCAGUUCUUCAGCAGGAGGUGACUGGAGCAUAAAUCAUAUUUUUUGACUUCAUGGUGCCUAAUGAAGCUUUACUGAAUCCUGCUCAUUGAAGACACAUCAUCUCUAAUAAUGGACUGAAAAAAUGUAUGAAACAGAUCAGAAAACACCAGUAAAAUUGAUUGUAAGCAUGUUAUUAAAGAUAUGCAGUACAGUUGUCAGUGUACAUGGUUGAAACUGAAACCAUUUUUAAUCAAAUGGACCUGUAUCUUACAUUUUUCUGUAGAGUAAUCAUUGUCAUUUAAAAAUACAAAGAACAAAUACAUGUAUCAAAUAAACAUUCAGAUAUUUUCUUUUGACUGGCAGCAGUGUUUCCAUCACAACCAGAAAUACUGAUUCCUUUGAAGACUUUUGGACAAAUAGCUUGAAUUAGUGAGGAUGAACAGAGAAGUCUUGUUAUAAUUUAUGACCAAACAGGAACUAGUGAAAUGAAUAUGUAGUAGCAUGUUUAUUUUUACAUGACUGUUUUUGUAAUUCAGACUAUGAAAAGACCACAAAGCAGAAGCAUUUGAAUAAAACAUCUUUGAGCACCAGUUGAGUUUUGACUGAAAUCAAAAUUGACAAUGUACUACAUUGAAAAUGUUAACUUCUUAGAAAGACCAGUACAUAUUUAAUGAAAAUCAAAUGUUGGU